CCUGUCUGCGCUGUAGUUUCAACAGAAGGUCAGUAACUGCUGUCUGAUGGCAGCGGGACUACAUUACCCAUAAUCCACCGCGGCAGCCCAACUGUAAACACUAAUGGAGCCUAAAGGACGAAGUGACUGAUGAUCGUGUUUGUCAGGUAUAACCUGGGGCCAGGUGUGGCUGUGGAGCUGCAGGAGGAGGCGCGUGUGGCCCAGCUGAAGGAGGUGGUGGGGAGUCAGCAGGGAGUCCGUCCGGAGCUCCUCAGGGUGCUGUUCGCUGGGAGGGAGCUGAAGAGCAGCUCAACACUACAGGGCUGUGACCUCCCAGAGCAGAGUACCAUCCAUGUUGUCCUCCCUGCACCAGGCUCCUCCUCCUCCCGGCUUCUCCUCCUGCAGGAGCGCUUGGCUUGGGGUGAGGAGGAGGAGCAGGACAGUCUGACGAGGCUGGACCUCAGCUCCUCACGGCUCCCCUCCACCUCCUCCGGCCUGGCGGUAAUCCUGGAGGGGAGGGAUGGAGGACGAGGAGCAGCAGGAGGAGGAGGUGAUGGAGCAGAAGGAGGAGCAGCAGGAGGAGAAGGAGGUGGAACAGGAGGAGGAGCAGGAGGUGGUGAUGGGGGAAGAGGGGAAGCAUCGGCAGGACGAGGUGCAGGAGGAGAAGGUGAUGGAGGACAAGAGGAGGCGCAGGUGGCAAGUCUGAAAGGUGUGCGUACUUGCAGUACCUUCUUCGUGUACUGUAAGCGCUGCGGCUCAGUGCAGCCGGGGAAACUGCGAGUUCGCUGCAGGAGCUGCAGACAGACGACGCUGACGCUGAGCAGGGGUCCGUCCUGUUGGGAUGACGUCCUCCUCCGAGGUCGUAUCCAUGGGGUCUGUCAAUCAGACGGCUGUCACGGCAACGAAGCGGAGUUCUUCAUGAAGUGUGCGUCCCAUCCGACCUCAGAUGACGACCUCUCUGUGGCCCUCGACCUCAUCAUGACCAACACCAGAGACGUCCCCUGCAUCGCCUGCACCGACACCCUGGACGUGGUUCUGGUCUUUCAGUGUUCAGAGCGUCAUGUGAUCUGUCUGGACUGUUUCCGUGGUUACUGUCGGAGCCGUCUGGACGAGCGGCGCUUCGUGUCCCACGCUGUGAUUGGCUACUCGCUGCCCUGCCCAGCCGGCUGCGCAGACUCUCUGAUCACAGAGCUGCACCACUUCAGACUCCUGGGGGACACACAGUAUGGGCGGUACCUGCAGUACGGGGCGGAGGAGUGCCUGCUGAAGAUUGGAGGACUCAUGUGUCCGUCACCUGGCUGUGGGGCGGGGCUUCUCCCAGGUGAGGGCGGGCGGCGGGUGUCAUGUGACCCUCAGCUGGGCUGUGGAUUGGUCUUCUGCAGAGACUGCAGGGAGGACUACCACCAGGGGGCGUGUCUCCCCCAGCAGGCCCCGCCCACAGAGGAGGCUCCGCCCACUGAGGAGGCCUCACAGGGUUUUGUGGUGGAGGAGGAGGCGUCUCUCAGAGGGAGGUGGGAUCGAGCCUCCCUGCUCCUCCUGCAGGAGACGACUAAACGCUGCCCUCAGUGUUCAGUUCCUGUGGAGAGAAACGGAGGCUGCAUGCACAUGCAGUGUCCCCUCUGUGGAUCUGAUUGGUGCUGGCUCUGCGGCGUCCCCUGGAACACUUCCUGUAUGGGCAACCACUGGUUUGGAUGAAGCACUUCCUGUUUCAUUUAUGAUGUCAUCACCACAUCACGAUGAUGUCAUCACCCUGAGAAUAAAUUAUCCUGUCGGACUGUGAAAUAAUCUGUUUUAUUUAUUGCAAAUAUGUUUGUCUGAAAUACACAAACAAACAAUCAAUAAAAGAUGUAAAU